ACAAAAUUUACACAUAUAUCCUCAUAACCCCUUGCGCCGUUCAAAGCUUCUUGUCCCCUGCCAACUCGCGCCGGCACCGACCACCAGACGCGACGCCGAUCACCGGCCCUCUCCGCUUCUGCUCAUACUCCGCCGCAGAAGAUAGCUAAAAUGAAAGAAAUUGUAACAAUCCAAGUUGGUGAUUAUGCAAACUACGUUGGCUCUCACUUCUGGAACUUUCAGGAUGAGUUGCUUGGGUUAGCUGGAGACCCACAAGCUGAUUCAGUGUUCAAGAAUCAUGAUCUUAACAUGGAUGUGUUUUAUCGUACCGGUCACACGCUACAGGGCAUCGAUACAUACACUCCUCGCCUACUCUCAAUAAACAUGAGAGGAUCCCUUGGAUCUAUGAGCUCACGCGGUACAAUGUAUAAGGAGGCUGCUCCCGCAACAUCAAACGUUUUCACAUGGACUGGUGGAGUUUCCACCCAAGCCUCUGAACCUCAGAAAAAAAAUUUGUUCCUACAAAGCCUUUAUGAAGAAGAAAACCAAAAUAUGGUAAAUGAGACAAGUGGUUCUCCAAGCGAGUACCAGGAUAGGGAUAUAACUGAGAGUCUAGAAAAUGGAGUUCAGUUUUGGACAGAUUACUCGAAAGUACAUUUCCACCCCCAAAGUCUAUAUGAAUUAAAUGGAGUUUGGACAGAUGUUGGCGAUUUUGACAAUUAUGGAAUUGGAAGGGAUUCUUUUGCAUGGGCUUCACAAGGGGAAGAAAUUAGUGACAGGCUUCGUUUUUUUGUUGAAGAAUGUGACCAUGUACAGGGAUUUCAAUUUGUAGUUGAUGACUCCGGUGGUUUCUCCUCCGUGGCUUCUGAAUUUUUAGAGAACAUUGUGGAUGAAUAUACAAACACUCCUGUCAUGCUGUAUACUGUCCGUGGUUCUGGUCCAAAGGCACGUCUUCAGAGCCGGAACCAUAAAAUUCUAGAGGACCUUCAUGAUGCUAUAUCAUUUUCAAGACUAUCAUCCUAUUGUAAACUUAUUGUACCUGUUGGCCUGCCCUCCUUAAGUAAAGCUUCCAAAUUCCUCCAUAUUGAAGACGAGAAACAUUACCACUCAAGUGCAGUUUAUGCUGCUGCACUACACUCCAUUAGUCUUCCGUUCCGAAUGGCACCAGUUGGGCCUACUGCAGAUGCAUGUUCUGUUUCUGGGGCUGUGGAUUUUCAUGGACUUAUACAAAUGUUAUCAGGGCAAGGACGACAGAAUAUGGUGUCGAUUCUAGAUGUUGCCAUGCCAACACCUGCUUUAACAGGAGGAAAAAAAGAACUGUGUUUGUUAGAAAACUUUCAGCCGUUGACCCCAAUGAUUUCUGAGGAUGGUGAAGACUUACAGGCAAUUGAACACUUGACAGUCCAUGGAAUUCUUGCAUCAGUAGAAGGUCUUCGUGCUUCUGUUUGUGAAGUAAAAGAUGCGGUUGAUGCUGCUUAUCAACGUGCCAAUACAAGGCCGUUGUUCAGCCAUCUAUCUGUUGCCCGUUGUCCCUUGCCUAUUCCCUUGCCUUUUCCAUCAAUCUUUGGAAACCAGAUUGGCAAGUACGGUGAAUUAAUGAGUGACCAACUGACUAAUUCUCCAUCAAAAGGAUCCCUUGACGUCCAUUCCAUUCCCAUGGCUGCCAGAUUACGUUCCAGCAGCACUGUCUUGCCGCUUUUGGAGUAUAACCUGCAAAAUCUUCACCGGUAUGGAAUUACACGAGGAGCCGCUGGGGCAGAGUUACUCAGGGGUUGGGGCUUCGAAAAAGAAGAAUUGGUGGAAAUGCAGGAGAUGUUGUCUAAAAUGGUUGCCACAUUGUGUCCUCCUGAGUUGUCAUCUGAUUCAGAUUAGAAUGCAUACAUUGUUCUUGGUUCCAAAAACAAGAAGCGGGGAAACAUUUGUAAGGUUAUGGACUGUGACAAAUUUGACCAAUGCUUCAGGGUUCUUGUUGCUUAAUGCUCCCCACCCACAUGGUCAAUUUUAGUUUUCAUUAUAAGUGAUGUGAUUAUGAAAAUAAGUGUCAUAAGAAUGGCAUUGGUGGUUUUUUUGUUUCCCCUACUCAGGUGCUUUGCUCUGCGACUCCCUGCUGAUCUAUGGAGCCUCGCCCGUGUGGUUAACCUUGCCUAGCAUUCAACAGAAGCUGGUUCUAGGUGGUUAUCAAAUUUUUGCAAUUUCCUCUCAACAAAACUUAUAAGCCAAACUUAUACGAGCCUCUUCAUUUGCUGGUUACAGGACAUAAGGGUGUGCAUGUGUUUUCGGACGUAUUAACUGUUAUUUCCAGUGUAUUAUAUUAUCAAUAUCAAUGACAAUGUGCUGGAACUUAGUUUUCAAGAGAAAAGUCCAUGGUGUUUUUUUGCAGUAAAAGAAAGACACUUAAUGUAACUAUCAUAUUAUACACUGCAGUUUUCUAUCUUCAAUUUUUGAGUACACGCUUUUAAUAUA